CCUAUGCCCGGAGCUAUACGAUUUCUAAUUUUUUUACAUUAUCUCCUUCUUCUGUCUUCCAGAAGCAGUAACUGUUUGACUCUGAUCAUAAACCGCUCUCUGUUAUAAUCGUGUUCUCUGUUUCUGUUUGCAUAGACACAUCGAACAGUGCGGCGCUACAGGAUACCCCUCUUUUUGCUGGUGGUUUGAAGGGACGACGCGCAAACCACGCAGCUUACCCCAACCUAGCAAUGAUCCUUGAUCCCUGAUCUUGCCAAAAUGGCGCUGAAGUCCAAAGCCACAUCAGUUUCGGUGCAAAAGUUCGAUGGCUAUCAGAAGAUUUGCAUAUAUCCAGUGCGCAACGGACACACGUUCAGUCCAUUCAUUUCAGGCUAUGAGCAUUGCUGGCAAUCGCCAGAAAAUGAUCCGUCAUCUCCUCGAGUAGUUCAGUGUCACGCACUUCCUGUGCUUCGAUCCAAAUCUAUGCGUGGCGUGGCCACCAAAGUCUCUUGCUUUACCAGGUGGAGAAACCAAAGCAUAGCCCAAAGAUUUAUAAAAAAGACAGCAUAGUCUCUAGCUUGUUGGGUCUUGGGUGUGCAGGUUCAAGAAGAGCUCUUGUGGCUCAUGGUCUCUGGAAGGUCAGAUAUGGAUGUCGAGUUGGGCGAGGACGUGCUCACGGAGAUCCUCGCGAGGCUGCCGUACAGGUCGCUGGCGCGGUUCCAGUGCGUCUCCACCUCGUGGCGCCGCAUCAUCUCCAGCGACUACCUCCGCCGCAGGCUGCCGCUCAUCACGUCGGGGGUGCUCUACAGCGGCGGCGGCGGCGGCGACGACGGCGCGAGGCGGGCGUACACGUACGCGUGCGCGCCGGACGGCGGCGGCGUCGCGGAGGCCGGCGACAUGGGCUUCUUCCCGUGCCACGACGCGUCGACCAUCAUCGACGGGUGCAACGGCCUGCUGCUCUACUACGCGUCGCGCCCGGCGGCGUUCCACGUCGUGAACCCGACCACGAGGCGGUGGGCGGCGCUGCCGGCGCCGCGCGCGAGGACGCUGCUCUCCGUGCUGGCGUUCGACCCCUGCGCCUCGCCGCACUACAAGGUGGUGUGCUUCACGGGCUGGCUGCCCCGGGGCGCGACCAUUGAGGUGUUCGACUCCGAGCGCUGCGCGUGGCGGGGCCACGGGGUCGACUUCGGGCUCGACACCGACGCCAUGACGGCCACCAUGCACUGCUUCGGCGGCGCGCUCCACGUGCUGGCCUACUCGGGCCACGUCGUCCGCGUCGACCUGGACACCAUGGCGUGCGCGGUCACCGCGCUCCCGGCGCCCGUCAGCUGCCGGGCGCGCGCCGGGCACUGCCGCGGCCGCCUGCGGUUCGCGUCCAGCGACGGCGCGCGCCUCAGGAUCUGGGAGCUCGAGGACGCCGGCGCGGGGGAGUGGGCGCUGAAGCACGAGAUCGGGGUCGGCGACGUCGUCCCCGGCGGCUCUAGCCAGGCCAUCACCUUCCUGUUCAUGGCGUUCCACCCGGAGAGGGAGGUGGUGUACCUGUGGUCGCCGUGGAAGCUGCUGGCGUUCGACAUGGUCGAGAGGCGCGUCGAGGAGGAGUGGGCGUUCGGGUCGGAGAAAGAAGGCGCGCAUCUCAUACAGAUUUGGUUGUUCCCGUUCUCGCGCCAUUUGGCCAACGCCCUGGCCUGACUAGUGUGACAGACUUGCCGAAUUAAAAUGUUUAAUUAAACGUAACUGCCAUUAUUUGAAUAUAUUAGACGUAUUAGUUUAAUUAAA